AUGUCAGCAUUGAUGUUCCCAGAAGCGCCCGCACCUACCGUACCCAUCACCCUUGUGGAAGACACAGACCUCGAUUGUCUGCUCGUCGAGUUCCCAAAUCAUCUCAUCAUUCAUACAGUCAUGGAGCACUUUUGCGCGCCUUCAGCUCGCCACCCAACCAACAGAGGAUACGUCGCAAAGGAGAUGGCACAACGUCUUUCAGUCCAUAACAACGCAGUCAAUGGUCUUGAUAUGGAUGCAGCUGACAGGAUUGAUAAUCUUGUGGAUUGGAUCAGAAAGCUGAAGAAGUCGGCCAAUGUUGCUAGACGAAAGAGGCAAGCUGCAGGCCAGACUGUGGAGCUGGUACCUUUCGAAGGACAAUGCCUUCGUCCAGGUCUCGAAGAUGAACAGAAUGUAGACGAGGCAGAUGACAACGGAAAUAGCGGUGCUCCGACUCUUUUGGGUCUCCGACUGAAGCAGCAGGCUGAUGAAGCACUUGCCGAUCUGACGAAGAUGAGGGUAAACAAGGCCAGGUCCGAUGCCGAACAUGAUGGAGAUGCGGUUUCUCCCUCCGUCAAAAAGAAUUAG